AUGCAGACUCUAGAAAGUUUCCCUAUCGCUGUUGUCGGCAUAGCAGUCGAGCUACCGAGUGGUGCUUGGAGUGCUGAGAACCUCGAUCUCCUUUCAUUUUCUAGGUUUUUAUUUGAAAAGGCGGAAUCUUACGAGCACAUUCCGAAGGAAAGAUUCAAUAUCGAACACAUUCAAGGGGAUGCACUCGGGAAUGUCAUUCCCGAUACCGGCUCGUUCCUCAGGGACCUGAGCCAAUUUGAUUAUAUGGAGUUUGGGAUAACGGGUAGAGAUGCGCGGCUCUUGCCCGUGAGCACGCGCAAACUGAUAGAGUGCACCUUUUUGAGUCUACUCGACUCGGGUAUCGAUUAUCGGGGUAGGAAUAUUGGCUGUUAUACGUCUGGCGUUGCCCAUGACUUGUUCUCCGUUUCCGGUCACAAUGAUGCCGAUGCUCGGGCGUCCCUGGCUUACGCACCAUCGACACUGGCUAACAAAGUAUCUUACCAUCUGGAUUUGCGCGGACCGUCAAUCCCUGUCGAUACUGCGUGUAGCUCAAGUCUUCAUGCAACGCAUCUUGCCAUCCAGGCACUGCGGAAUAGUGAAUGCGAAGCGGCAGUCGUGGGGGGUUCUCAGAUAAACCAUAGGUUUGCCGAAUGGCUUACUUACAGUCAAGUUUCUGGCGUGCUAUCUCCCGAUGGGAAGUGUAAGCCAUUCGACGCAUCGGCAAAUGGAUUCAGUCGAAGCGAGGGAGUCGUUUCUAUAGUUCUGAAGCCACUCCAUGCAGCCUUAUUAGAUGGUGACAAGAUAUACUGCAGUAUUUUGGGAACCGGAGUGAAUUCCUGCGGUGCACAGGCACCUGUGAAUGCGCCAGUCGCAGAAUCUCAGAGAGAGGCUAUGAGGAGAGCGUUCCGAAUGGCGCGCAGGUCUCCUCAGGAUGUUGAUUUCAUCGAACUACACGCUACAGGAACCAAGAAGGGUGACCCUACUGAGGCGAACUGGAUUGGGGCAGAAUGUUCAAGAGAUGAUGAAUUGCUUGUGGGAAGUGUAAAGGGAAACAUAGGACACCUCGAAAUAACCGCCUUUCUGGGUUCUCUGGCAAAAGUAUGCUGCAUCUUCAAUACUGGUAUGAUCCCCCCGAAUGUGAAUUUUAAGAACCCGAACGAGGGCAUCAAGUGGAAUGAGUAUCGUCUUCGCGUGCCCACUGAGCCCGAGCCAUUGAAGUGCCGCUCCUCUUCAGGACGCUCACUUAUAGCAAUGACAAGCUCUGGCAUCGGAGGUGCCAACGGCCACUGCGUGGUUGAGGGCCCUCCGGCCCUGGAUAAGAGGGAAAAAACGUUCUGGCGUGUCGAGAUGAGUCUCAUCCCCGCUGUCUUGAUCGCAGGAGGCCUUUCUCCACGUUCAGCGAAAGCUAUCGGCGAUAGUCUUCGAGACGCCUACACCGACGAUGAUCGUCAUCAGAUAUCUCGGCUUUACAGCCGCCGGGCUCGGUCAAUGCCUUGGCGGUCAUUCGCAAUCGCAAAGGGUGGCAAGGUGUCGCAAUUCCAAGAACCCGUCCUGUCCCAUCGCUCUUCAGUCCCUCUUGUAUUCGUCUAUUCUGGCCAAGGACCUCAAUAUUUUGAUAAGGACCCACACGAGGACGUUCUCGGAGAAGUCUGGCCCAUUGCGAUCACUCUUCCUGCGUUAGCCAUGGUGCAGAUAGCCCUCUUCGACACGCUGGUAAGCCUUGCCAUCAAGCCGGACGCAGUCAUCGGUCAUUCAGCAGGCGAGACAGCUAUGAUCUAUGCUUCCGGUGCAGGGAGUAAAGCGUUAGCUCUCGAGUUGGCCAUCGCCAGAGGGAGGGCGAUGUCAGCUUUGGAGGAUGCGGACGGUGCCAUGGCUGCCGUCAACUGUUCUGUGGAUCAGGUGCGGGAUAUCAUCGCUACUGUGAUCGCAGAGGCAGGUUUCGGUCCGCUCGAGAUCGGUUGUUACAACACGCCUGAAGCCGUCACUUUGUCCGGGAAGGCGUCGCACAUAAAUCUUGCAGUGCAAGUUGCGGAAGGGAGAGGUUUCUUCGCCCGACGUCUUCGAACGAAGAUCCCGGUGCACUCUGCUAUGAUGGAUCUCUGUCAGAGCGAAUAUCAGCGUCUGGUUCAAGAUGUCUUCGCGCGGUACACAGUCCAAGCACCCUCCAUCGACGUCUACUCGGCAGAAAGUGGCGAGGCAUUCACCAAAAUCUUCGACGCUCAAUAUUUCUGGGAUAACACACGGGGUUCUGUACGUUUCGCGGAGGCAGUGAAAGCAUUACAAUUCAAGUAUUCGACCGCCAUCUUUGUGGAACUUGGCCCUCAUCCUGUACUAAGCGGGUAUGUAUCGUCUAUGGUCGGGAAAGAUUCUCCAGUCCUCUGUCCUCUGCGCAGGCCGAAGAAGGGCCAGCCAGCCGUAGAGCUUCAGGGGCUUGUAGAAUUUGUCGGCAAGCUCGUUGUUUCAGGCUAUCAUUCGGUCGACUUCAACGUCCUGUCUGCCUGCGACCAAGAGGGUCAGGUGACGCCGCUCCCAUAUCCGUUUGCUCGCAGAGAUGUGCCGUACGUUGCGGCGACACCUGAAAUCACAAGACAGCGACAGAAUCGCAACGGUCCCCUCAAUUACCCGCAACUGCAGGUGAACGUGAAUACCCACCCUGCUUUGGCCGAGCAUGUCAUCAAAGGCGAGCCUAUCAUGCCUGCCGCUGGCUACCUUGAGAUGUAUGAUCGUCUCCAUGCAAAAGGCUAUCUAUCCAUGGAGACUCCUGCUCUCAGCCCAACCCCAAUCGACUUGGAGCACGUCUUGGCGCGCCUAAACGCUAUUGAUAUGAAAAAUUUCUACGAUGGCUUCGCUAGUUUCGCCCAGUAUGGACCAAUGUAUCAAAGAGUCACCGCCUGCUAUAGGGGUGUGGACACCCAAGGACGUGAAGAAGUGCUCGUUGAAGUGCGUGGUAAUGAUGGAGACAUCCCUGACCUCGACGGCUACCACCUUCACCCGGCUAUCUUAGACGGGGCGCUGCAUGUUAUGGUGCACCCCAUUCUUACUUGUUGCUGGGAUAGUGCUCGGUAUUAUCUUCCGGCGAAGGUGGGCGCAUUUACCGUUCACGAUGCGCUAUUCAAGAAGCCAUUCCCCAAAGUCGUUUUUGCGCAUGGUACAAUGUCAGCCUGGUCUCCCGAAGCCAUCAUAUAUAACUUCACGAUAGUACGUAAGGACGGCGUUCCCCUCUGCACGUUCGAAUCUUUCGAAGUAGCCCGACAUGGCUACAUUCCGGAGACCGUUGAAAGACGGUUCGAAGUCGUUGAUGUACACAUGGGCCUGGUCCUCCCGCGCCAGAUCGCUAAUGGUCAUGGCCCACGCGUCAACGGCAUCAAAGAGAACGAUCAUACGCCUGAAGUCGAGGGUGCUACGGUCAAUGGUAACGGGAAUGCAAAUGGUGACGCCAAGCCCCGAAUAGACGGUGGCAUAAGCAUUUGCUCCCGCCAGCACGAGAAUACGGUCAUCAUCGAUUACGGAAGAGGAGUCGAGAUGCACAUACAGGAACUCCUGUCGAAAAUGGAUACUCUGGCGCCUGUCAGGCUGUGGUUGCGAGCCUCAGCGGGACUGGACGGCGACGCAUUGCUCGGGUUCUCGAGGUCUCUUCGCAAAGAAUAUGGUGCUUGGAGUGUACGUGCAGCGGUCUUUCCCGCUUCAUGGAGCGAGGAGGACAAGGCGACCGCGAUGAAGCAUCUUCUGAGCUCAGAGUGCGAAGACGAGAUCUAUGUUCAAGAGGACGGCACUGUUACCGUUCCAAGGAUCAUGCCUUCUGUGCCCCCGGCUGCGAGUGCUCCCUUCCAUCCUGAGUCACCAUGGGUCUAUGAUGGUGUUCUUGUUAGGCAGGUGUCUACUCCCAGGGUACCUCCCGACCAUAUCCAGAUCGACAUUACGGGCGUCUCUCAAGUAAGCAAAGCUCUUUACUCCUUCCUCGGAACGACUGCAGGAGAGUCUCGGGAGGUCGUCGGAAUAGCGGUUGGCCCGAUAUCGAAUGUUGCUGUGGUACACUUGGGCAGCAUAGUCGACGUGAAAGCUUUCUCGGGGGCUAAUAACGUGCCAGCUUUUGCACUAGCUGCAGCAGUUCUGGGUGUGGGGUACAGCAACUUCGCGCAUCCGGACCGAAUCAGAGAUACUUCAGCCUUUGUGACGCACGCUGAGACAGCGGUCGGCCGCAGUAUUGCCGCGAUUUACGAGACACUUGGGCUCGAAGUUCUUUCAUGCUCAGGUAGACCCACGGUUUCAGACCUCAAAACUAUAGCGGUUCGCCGACCUACAUUUAUUCUCUCCGGGUGUGAGGACGCCUCUGAUAUCCAGGUCUUCGACGAUCAUGUGUCGCCGAAAGGAAAAGUCUUCUUAUGGUCGGAUGCCAAGCGUGGUGUUCCUGGUGCCCUCUCAAGUGAUCCGUGGGCGGUUGGUGAUGCAAUAAAGCUUGCGCUGGCAAAGUAUCCGCAUGCGAAGACCUCUUUUAAGGCACCGGUGAAGAUGAUUCGAGGAGCCCUGCCCAAGGAAGUUCCAUUAGAUAUCGCUAUCCUGAGCCAGGACAAGACCUACCUUCUUAUCGGCGGGAUUGGUAGUCUGGGGUUGGAGAUCGCUCUAUGGAUGUAUUCCCAAGGGGCGCGGAGCAUUGUCAUGACAUCCCGAGGAGGACGCGCCAGUAUCUUGAAAAGGGGCUCGGCACUCUCGAAACGAAUUAUGAAACAUCUGGAUGGCCUCCUGGACCUCAAGCUUCAUGCUGUCGCUGCAGAUGCCGUAUCGCUGAAGGAUAUACGGCGUGUAGUCAGUGCGAUUGAUAAACCUCUCGGUGGAUGCAUGAUUCUCUCUGCUGCAUUAAUCGACCGCACGUUCCAUGCGCAGACUGCCGAAACCUUCGAGGCCCCAUUUCCGCCCAAAGUGGGAGCCUUUCAGGUUCUAGAGCAGGCAGUGGAUGUAGAUUCCCUCGACUUCUUCGUCACUGUCUCGUCUGUAUCGGCUAUGUUUGGCAAUGCCGGCCAAACGAACUACGCCAGUGCGAACACUGCGCUGGCCGGGCUCACAAAAAAGUACAAGAAUGCUUUCUGUAUGGUCUGCCCAGCUAUUAUCGACAGCGCGAUCGCUUUGAAAGGAGAUGCUGAUAGUGUAUACCGCCGUCGUCUGCGACAUCUCACGGAUUGGGGUAUGUCAGCGUCAGAAUUAUGUACAUAUCUGGGGGACGGCAUCAGGAAACUUCGCGAUGGCACCGUCUGGCAGUAUGUGCCCAACUUUGACUGGCCCCGCGUCGCUGCAAACAUGGGCGUGUCAGCCGUCUUCAAACAUCUGCUCCCCGAAUCCAAUAUUGCAACGGCGCGAGAAUCUCAGGGAACCUCCGAUUUGAAGGACAUCAUCUGCAAAAUCCUUGAGGUUGCGCCAAACGACCUGGUGCCGGAUGUACCCCUUACUGCAUACGGGCUUGAUUCUCUCUCCGCAACGUCCUUAUCGACCGCACUGGCAUCCUUAGUUGCCAUUUCACAGAUCCAGCUCUUGGCUGACGUCACAUUCCAGCAGCUAGAGGCCGCCGCUGAGGAAGCUAAAUCCAGCAGCUUUGUUUCUACGCAGACAGAAGCUACAGAGUUCGGAGAGAUUGACGAAAUGCUGCAUAUGGUUGAACAGUUUGGCUCCGACUUCCACAGCGUUCAACCGGAGUCAGAUGAAGCUCCUGCUAGUACUGGAUGGGUCAUCGUCAUCACCGGUACUCGUGGCAGCCUCGGUACCCACAUGCUUGCCCGCUUGCUGCUAUCAUCGAACGUCAGCAAGAUCCAUAGUACAGCAACCCACUCAUCUCUGCCUGACCCUAGGGUCUCAGUCGGCCCCGGAUAUUCGAAGUCGAAGUGGGUCUCGGAGAGAUUACUGGACGUCGCAAUGUCGAAAAUACCGGGCUUCAGCGCCACGACCAUACGUAUUCAUCAACUUGCUGGUGGGUUGAACGGUUCAUGGAAGCCGUCUGAGUGGUUCCCUGCCCUGGUAUCGGCCAGUGUGGCUCUGGGUUGUUUCCCAGAUGGUCGUGACUCUAUAUCGUGGAUUCCGGUUGAUAUGGCUGCCGCCGCAAUGGUGGACUUCCUUACCUGUAGGGAUGCGGUUUUACACCUUCGUCAUCCCAAGCCUAUCCUAUGGCGAGUCAUGGCGAACUCGCUGGCCAGGAUCAUAGACGUUCCGGUGGUCCCCUACGCGGAGUGGCUCGCACGUCUUGAACACGAGUUGAAAGCCCAAGGUAUUCGCCAGAUCUCCCCGUAUUUGGCUCCCGCGAUGCGCCUUAUGGACGUAUACCGCUCCCCGCGUUCUGACGAUCACCCUGCGCAGCCCAUGACCGAGAGCAAUGGACUAUUUCCUGCGCUUUCAAUCGGUAAAGCAAUCGAAGCUUCCCCGACCUUACGUGAUCCUGACCUGCCCGAAAUACAAGAAGACGAGAUUGCUGCAUGGGUCAGGUACUGGAGACAAAUGGACGCCUUGCCGGGCAAUUAG